AUGAUUCUUCAAUUUAAACGCUUUUACGAUAGGAAAAGAUUCCAAAAUGCACAAAAAGAACGAGUACAAAAGAUAUCGCCAACACUGUCAGACUCCGAUGAUCGAUGUCAAACCCGGAUGUUGCGAUAAUACGAUAAAGUAGUGGAUACAGGAAAUGUUCCUAUUAACUGCUCCACCUAUUUGGUGAAAAGUGGUUUAUAUUGAACAAUUUCCCCAUUCACUGCUUCAUUGUGGGAUUCCAAAAAGCCACCAUAAAAGAACGAAGACGAGAGAGAGAGAUCGCCGUCAACCUCAGAUUCCGAAGCGGCUCGCCGAGCAGAGAUCGCUGAAAAAAGACGAGAAACGUCGUUAAAAAGAAGAGAUGAAGAACAAUGAGUCGGCAGAGGAGAAACGAGCUCGGCGAAUGGAGGAAAAGACGCAGAUGACACUCUGAUUCCGCCAUCAGCGUUGAAUUAUACGAAUCUUAGUAAUCCAUUCAACGAUACAACAAAGCUCACUCAGACGUUUGUCUGCGGCAAAAAGUUGGAAAGUGAUCUGACGCAGAAUGAUAUCACUAAACAAACGCCGCCGAAUUCAAGCAUAUACCGUGACUCGCGGGCCGCCGCCAAAGAAGACAUGGAAAUGAUGAAACGUGACGCGGAUCUCCGUGCCGGACAAAAAUAUCCGACAGAACAGAAUUUUCCGACGAGAAUCCGCAUACGAAAAAACUGAAAAACACAGGAUUUUUGCCAAAAUUCUCCAGAAUUUUGUCCGAGAGGAGUACACGGUGGCCUAGAAAACUUGAUGACGUCAUUUUUCUCGAAUUCACCCUAGUUUUUUAGAAAAAAACUGAAAAAAAUAUCUUCAUGCAAAUCAGUCGACGACUACGAGGAUCUCAUCGAGGACAUCAAAACGUACAGAGAAGUCGACGGAUGGGCAAACAACGAGACUUGGUGGAUGGAUGUUACACGAAUCGCCAAAGACGAGAGAUUCAGAAGAAAGCCGCACAGAAUCGAGGUGAUGUGCAGACCGAAGUGCAGAAUAUGUUCAAGAUCUUCUACGCUGACCUCCUCAACAUGACAGAGGCGCCAAGAAUCGGCUUAACACCAUGUGAAGACCCGGAUGUUGCGAUAAUACGAUGAAGUAGUGGAUACUGGAAAUGUUCCUAUUAACUGCUCCACCUAUUUGGUGAAAAGUGGUUUAUAUUGAACAAUUUCCCCAUUCACUGCUUCAUUGUGAAAUUUCAAAAAGCCACCAAAAAGAACGAAGACGAAAGAGAUCGCCAUCAACGUCAGACUCCGAUGAUCGAUGUGAAGACCCGGAUGAAUUAUCAUAAAUUUUAUGAAACGCACUGGAUAUGUCGAUGUCAAGCCAGACAACAUCGGACGAAAACUUGAUUGAACCAGCGGGAUCUGACAUGAUUAUCGCCCGGAAAAAAUUUGCAACUUCAGAAAUUGUGGAGACGAAGAAGGUGCUGCUACAUCACGAAAAAACCAACCUGAGUUGGCAAAGGUUCAGUGUGAAAGACACCAGCGAAACGUGAAUGUAUGAAAUGGACCUUUUCAAGCCAAGCGGAAAGUGAAGGAGGAGAUGGAACGGGUACUUCGGUACUAGGGAAAGUCGCCAGUAUACUGAUCUAGCUCAGAAAACUAGUUCAGGACCCCCCCCCCUCUGGAGUCUGAAAAGCCGAGGACAGACGGGAAGGCCGCGAGGCACAUGGUGGGUAACUUGAUCAGAAGCCAGUAGAUCUUCGGAUCCGACGGCUCUGGUUAAGAGGAAUCCUGGUAUAAGUUGGAGUGGAGACACGGUAUCGCUGACAAUGGGGCAACCCGUCAGCGGAUCACCACAGCAAUCUCACAAUCCGGUGGUUAUGCGGGUGGGCCAAUCUGUUGGAGGGUGUUCCUAGUUGUCUGACCCGUCAGAUACUAGGAAUAAAAGCUUGCUGCUGGCUUUGACAGCACUCAUGAUGGCCCCUCACCUCAAACUUCCAUAAAGCAACUGGUGGUCCCGUUAAUUCGGGCCCUUGCCACUAUUGCGCUCCAGGCUCGCCAAUGGAUUGAAUGGGAACGUUUUCACUCUGGAUGAAUUAAACACAAUUAAUCGAUUCGACAACUCCUACAUUUGUCCAGAGCACGGAAAAAGUUACAACUUCAGAAAUUAUGGAGACAAAGAAGCCUAGCAGCUUUGGUUCUGUUUGGAUUUGUCUACGAUCGCAAGAAAAAUACUAUGGAGGAAGAGAGGGAGGAGGUCCCUAGAGAUACCAUAAUCAACAGCGACAAAUAGGCGGAUACGGAGGCGGUUAUGGCUCCGGCGGAGGUGAUGGUGGAGCAUCCUAUCACCAGCCGUACAAUCAGGAUCAGAGACGUGGUGGACGAGGUGGCGGUCCUCCAAAAUAUCAGAGAUCACCGUAUCGAGGUGGCCGAGGGCGACGGAGGUGGAGGCUUUCAGGGAAAUUCAUCACGGAGAAAAUCAUUAUUCAAUCCAUCUUUCUUUGUUUUUUAUUCUCUUAGUUUUCCUUAUUUCAUUGCCAUAUUGAUUUCUUCAUAAAUAUCCCGAUUAAAA